GUGCCUCUCCCAGAGCAGUCAGCAUUAAAUGAAGUGCAGUGUUAUGGAGCUUUACUGCAGCAAUGUCUGCCCGCUUUACCUGUGCUUUCCUGCUAUGUCAGUGCUUUACUACACGUAUUGCUUUUGCAGGUAGUCUUCAUUCACCAUUAAAUCUUACAACAGUUUCCCGGAACUUCAGUUUAUUCCUCACAUGGCUUCCAGCACCUGGAAAUCCCACAGAUGUAUUCUACCAUGUCUCCUAUCAACUAGUUUCUGAGAAAAUCUGGAAACCUGUUAAAGGUUGCAAAAAUAUAAUCAUGACAGAGUGUGACUUGACGUGUACUCUCAAAGAAUACCACUUGAAUUAUGAAGUACGGGUUAGAACUUUGUUUGGAACGUCUUUGUCACCUUGGAUAAAAUCCGAGAAGAUCUCUUACAUGUUUACAAUAGAGCCUGAUCCACCCACAAUAAAUGUGACAAUAAUGAACAACAACAUCUAUGUUAAGGCAGCAGCACAAACACCAACAUGCCUCACAUAUGUCUUCAACUUGAAGUAUGACAUAGAGAUCUGGAAGAGUGGAGAAUCUACACAGAGCAUAUACAGCAAUGAGAUGGUCGGCUCAAUACUGACAAAGGAAAUGACUGGACUCAAAGGGACAUACUGUAUAGCUGCUCGGACAAGAUACACAGUGGAUCAAACCAAACUCAGCAAGUUCUCCAGUCCGUUUUGCCAGCUAAUAAAUGAAGGUGAAAACCCUCUCUGGGGAAUGAUUAUUGGAAUUCCACUGUCUCUGUUUCUUCUGUGUUGUGGAUUAUUUAUAAUCUACAUUAAGCAUUGCAGAACUCCUGCAACCAAAGUUCCUAAUACAUUGGUUUUUACCCAAUAUGCACCUUGCUUCCAGGCCUCAGCCUUUACAGCAAUCAGCUGUGAGGAAUAUCACAAGGUUACCAGUGAGGAAAAAAGAGAUAAGGACCAUGAGGCCAUUCUUUCGCCCACACCUGAUGGUGUUGAUGAUUAUUUUUCACCCGGUCUUGGAUAUACAGAGAGAUGUACACUCCAAGAAGAAUCUUUAGAACAUUGCUCUACAAAUAGAGAUUGUUAUAUACAAACACCCUCAAGAAGCUUACUCACCUGUUCUAAUACAGAUCAGAGUUCUUCAUCUGGGUUAAGCUUUGGAGAAUAUGAAGGUAAAUCUGGACCAACAGCUGUGUUAACAUUGGAUGAUAUUAAGACAAAUGAUCAGAGUGUUACUAUAUUAAAAACAGAGAGCACCAAACAUGGCUUACAUGUAAGGGAACCUACAAAGACAACAAGCUUCACUGACAUGCUAUGUACUUUGGACCUUAAUGGAAACAAAAAUGUCCCCUUUGAGACAUUGCAGAUAGCAGGUGAAAUCAGUGGUAUGGAGAAUGCUGAUGGUAUAUCAUGCGAUCAGUUCUACUCUGACAGCGAAGAUUUGGAGUUGCAGUCAAUGGAAGAUCUCAGCAGAAUUACUGACAACGUUUACUGCAAAAGAGAGCAAAAUACUAGGUGCACGGGCUACGAAAAGAAGAUGGGUUACAUGUCAAGGAAUGCUGAACACUGCUUUCUUUCUUCUUAAACAGUAUACCAAAUGGAUUUAAUGCUCACAUGAGCAUACAUCGCUGCUUAUAAA